AUGAGCAUCAAGUUCACAGUCAACGGAUUCCCGUACGAGGUGGAGGCCGCGGACUUCGCCCCGGACAUCACCCUCAAUGCCUUCCUACGGGAGCAUCUCCACCUAACGGCCACCAAAUACAUGUGCCUGGAGGGUGGAUGCGGCUCCUGUGUCUGCGUCAUCCGCCGGCGGCACCCUGUCACCCAGGAGGUACAAUCCCGGGCAGCAAACUCCUGCCUCACUCUCCUAAACACCUGUGACGAUGCGGAAAUUAUAACUGAUGAGGGACUUGGCAACCAGCUAAGUGGUUACCAUCCGAUCCAGAAACGCCUGGCCCAGCUGAAUGGCACCCAGUGUGGUUACUGCUCGCCGGGAUUCGUCAUGAACAUGUACGGAUUGCUGGAGCAGCACCAGGGACAGGUGAGCAUGGCACAGGUAGAGGACGCCUUCGGAGGAAACAUAUGCCGCUGCACAGGCUAUCGCCCUAUCUUGGACGCCAUGAAGUCUUUUGCUGUGGACAGCACAGUGGACGUUCCUCCCGAGUGCAUAGACAUCGAGGACUCCUUCGAGCUCCUUUGCUUGAAAACUGGACAAGCUUGCAAGGGUAGCUGCUCCAGGCCCCCCGUGAGGGAUCAAAGUGGUAGCCACUGGUACUGGCCCAAGUCCCUUGUGGAGCUCUUUGCCGCCUUGAGCCAGGUUGGAAGCGGAGAACUGUACAUUCUGGUGGCGGGCAACACGGCUCAUGGAGUCUACCGGAGACCGAGGAACAUCAGACACUUUAUCGACGUGAACAAGGUGCCGGAACUCAAGCAGUACAGCAUCGAAGCAGAUCACAUGCUCUUAGGAGCAAAUCUUUCGCUCAACGAUGCCAUGGACUUAUUCCUCCUGGCAGCCAAGAGGCCCGGAUUCGAGUAUUGUACCCAGUUGUGGCAGCACUUCAACCUGAUUGCCAAUGUGCCAGUCCGAAAUAAUGGUACUCUGGCCGGAAAUAUAAAUAUUAAAAAACAACACACGGAGUUCCCCUCGGAUGUGUUCAUUACCUUUGAGGCCUUGGACGUCAAUGUCUUGGUCUACGAUAAUCCAAGUACCCAGAGGGUGAUGAGCUUGUUGUCCUAUAUCAGUGAUACCACACCCAAACUAGUUCUUGGUGGCUUUAUCCUCAAGACGUAUCCCAAGAACAGAUAUCUUUUCGGUUCUUACAAGAUCCUUGCUAGAGCCCAGAAUGUGCACGCCUACGUGAAUGCAGGAUUCCUGAUCGAAUGGCAGGAUAUUCAGCGCAGUAUUGUGCGAUCUGCCCGAAUUUGUUUUGGAAACAUUCGACCAGAUUACGUUCAUGACGACGGUUUGGAGCAACUGCUCCUGGGAAGAGAUCUCUAUGAUCCUGCCACUGUUACACAGAUCUUCCAGCAACUUUCAGGCAGCAUCCAGCCGGAGGAACGACCACCGGAAGCUUCUCCUGAAUAUCGUCAUAUGCUGGCCUGCUCGCUCUUCUACAAGUUUCUUCUGGCCACCGCGCCUAAGGAGCGGAUUCAGGAGCGAUAUCGCACUGGGGGUUUUCUGCUGGAUAGGCCUCUUUCUUCGGGGAGCCAGACCUUUGAGACUAUAAAGAAAAACUAUCCAGUCACCCAGCCCGUCCAGAAACUAGAGGGUCUAAUCCAGUGUUCUGGCGAGGCCUCGUACAUGAACGACCUUCUAACAACCUCGAACGCUGUGCAUUGUGCAUUUGUGACCGCAAAGCGAGUGGGCGCCACCAUAGAGCAGAUUGAUCCCACAGAGGCACUCCAGUGCAAGGGAGUAGUGGCCUUCUAUUCAGCAAAGGAUAUUCCAGGAUUGAACAACACUGUCACCACCAAUCUUUUGACCCCUGAAGUGGACGAACUCUUUGCAGCUUCUCAGGUCAAGUUCUAUGAUCAGCCCGUGGGAGUGAUUGCGGCGCUCAACCAUGACACCGCCGUUUAUGCAUCAACUCUGGUAAAGAUCACCUAUUCCAACAACCAAAAAAAGAUCUACAUGAGCAUGAACCAAGUCAUCGAAGACAACCAAACUGAACGAAUUGUAUGCUUAAAAAAGGAGGAGGUUGAGUCCAUGAAGACGCCUCUGCUAGCCCCAGGGGAUGUUCUGGGCAGAGGAAUUCUGGAGCUGGAAUCGCAGUACCACUUCACGAUGGAACCACAGACCACUAUUGUGGUUCCUGUGGACAACAUUCUUCAGGUUUAUUCUUCUUCGCAAUUUAUGGACUGUACCCAGGGAGCUAUUGCUAAAAUGUUGGGCGUCACCGUCAACUCAAUUCAGCUACAAGUUCGCAGAGUGGGGGGUGCCUACGGGGCAAAGGUCACGCGGUGUAACGUGGUGGCCUGUGCCGCUGCUCUGGUGGCUUCCAAACUAAACAGACCAACCAGGUUCGUCCAGACCAUCGAGUCCAUGAUGGAAACCCUAGGGAAGCGCUGGGCUUGCCGCGCCGAUUAUGAAUUCCGAGCUCGAGCUAAUGGAUCGAUUAUUAUGCUGACACACAAUUACUACGAGGAUGCGGGAUGCAAUCUGAACGAGAACGUAGUUGACUUUCUGACUCUUCCGAUCCUUAAAAACGUUUACAACCUGACAGAUUCAAAUUUUAGGGCAAAAGGAAGUGCCAUAAUAACGGACGCUCCCAGUAACACGUGGUGCAGGGCUCCAGGAUCAGCAGAAGGACUUGCUAUGACGGAGAACGCCUUGGAGCACAUUGCUUUCACCUGCCAGCUGGAUCCGGCCGAUGUUCGGUUGGUCAAUCUUCGACCUGGUAACAAAAUGGUGACACUUUUGCCUCGGUUUUUGGCCUCCACAGAGUACCGCAAUCGCCGGAACCAGAUCAACCUAUUCAACGCCAAAAAUCGAUGGCGAAAGCGGGGCAUCGGACUGGCUCUCAUGGAGUUUCCACUGAACACGACAUUCUCCUUCUCUUACCCCACAACGGUUGCUAUUUACCACGAAGACGGAUCCGUUGUGAUUUCCCACGGAGGUAUCGAGAUUGGCCAGGGAAUCAAUACGAAAGCGGCACAGGUAGCCGCCUUUGUGCUCGGUGUUCCCUUAGAUAAGGUGCGAGUGGAAACUAGCAACACGGUGAACGGAGCCAACGCCUUUGUUACUGCCAACUCCAUGUGCAGCGAGAUGAUUGGACUGGCUGUGAGGAAGGCCUGCGACACCCUCAACCAGCGACUGGCUCCGGUAAAGAAGCAGCUUGGGCCCCAGGCCACCUGGGUGCAGGUGCUCCAAGCUGCUUACCAACAGUCCAUAUUCCUGAUUGCCACAGAUUCGUUUAAGUUGGGGGAUAUUCCCAGUUACAGCAUCUUUGGCCUGAGUCUUACAGAGGUGGAGCUGGACAUUCUGACAGGGAACCACCUAAUCCGAAGGGUCGACAUCCUGGAGGAUGCUGGCGAAAGCCUGAGUCCGAACAUCGAUGUGGGCCAGGUGGAGGGCGCUUUUGUAAUGGGUCUGGGCUAUUAUCUCACAGAACUUCUCGUCUACGAUCGCCAAACGGGCCAGAUCCUCACAAACCGCACUUGGAACUACCAUCCUCCAGGAGCCAAGGACAUUCCCAUUGAUUUCCGCAUCGAGCUGCUGCAAAAGAGUCCUAAUCCAGUGGGUUUCAUGCGAUCCAAGGCCACGGGAGAACCUGCCCUGUGCCUAGCAGUUGGAGUCCUGUUCGCCAUCCAGCAUGCCAUUCAGUCGGCCAGAGAGGACGCAGGACUCCCGAGGGAAUGGGUGCGACUGGGAGCACCCACCACGCCGGAGACUGUAGUUCUCAAUGCUGGCACCCAGGUGGAAUCAUUUUCUUUGUAA